UUCAUAUUUAGUUAGACAGACGGUGGUUUGAGUUUCUAGCAUUUUUCUUACUGAUUGGAUGGAGAGAGUUGACAUAACUGCUUGACAGUUUUGGAUGUACGUUUGACUUUAAAUGUGCAACUGUAACCUCGAAUGCGUAGAAGAAACAACCAGAGCAAGAACACACGUACAGAGUCGAUGGAGAGUUAAAUCGUUCCGUGGCGUCUCUUGGUGUGAAAGUCGUGCGUAGGCUGGGAUUGUCUGGGAAGGAAAUAGACGGAUCUUGUGGCAUUAAGCGAUCGUUUAUAUUGGACAUAUCUACUGGGAAAAAUGUCAAAGUACCGUAUGAUGGACCUUACCCGGAACCUGAGGUUUAGGAUAGAGACCACUAACAACGACUCGUACAUUGCCUACGUGGAACAGCGGCCCACAGAUUAUGACAACAUUGGGGCCUUAUAUUACGUGGUGGCAGUUGUGCUCAUCUACGGCCUAUCCAUUGUUAUGAUGAUCGCGUCACACAUACGACGAAACAAGCAAGACGGCCAGCUAAGGUCGUAUCUAAAAGAAAUGGCGGCACUAAGAAAGAAAAAUCGCCGGGAACAAUUGCUUGAAAAGAUGACAACGCUUGCAACUAAAUCAGGCCUUACAGCGAAUACCCAACAGAAAAGUGAUGAGACGUCGUUUACAGACAUCAAAAGAACAAACAGCAUGAAACAAGUCACCUCUCUGUAUACCCGCUUACCAAGUGACGCAGAUGAGGAGUCGACGCGCGACAUCUCCAAAACAAGCUACAGCGACAAUGACUCAGUGUUCCAACUCAACCUGGAUGCCCUCACACCAAACACGGAAUCGCCAAAAACACCGCGGAUAUCGCCAUCCAAACUGUUGACUCCCAAGUUAAACAGAGCAGACGGCAGACCGUUCUUUCAAAUACAGGUUAUAAACGAAAAUGCCCCUCUCUGA